CAUAAACUUGCAUCUUCGUAGCCGCUGGUCGUUUGAAGAGCAUAUAAUGUCCGACGCGAAACAGCAGGAGAAGGGCCCGGACCUGCCGCCGGAGCUGAUGCUAAAUAUUGCCAGAUUUAUGCACCCGAAAUAUGUGUUGGAAAGCCUCAUGGUCACGAGCAAAGCGGUCGCUGGCUGUCUCGAGGGUCCAUUUCACAUAUUUCGAGCGAUGAAAAGAGACUUGCCAUGGCCCGGCGCCGCCUUCGUGGCGCAUUGGGGUCGCCCCGAGCCCUGGCGCGCCCUGAACAUUCGGCAGCGCCGGCAGCUGCUGCGCCUCGCCGCGUCGAGCCAACACCCACCUAGCCUGGAGGUAGCCCUCGCGCACUGCGGCACCGUCAGUGCAGCGGGCGCGCUGGCGGCCGCCGCAGCGGUUGGCGAUUUGGCGGCGUGCGAGCUGUUGCUGCGUGAGGGCUGCGAGUGGGACACAGGGUCGGUUUGGAGCGCCGCCGCCCGCGCCGGCCAUCUGCACGUGUGCCGCUGGCUACGCGCGACCGUUCCGUGCGGCGCCGAUACCUUGUGGGACUGCGUGUCCAAGGCGGCAUGUCUGGGUGGCCAGGCAGAGGUGUUGGCGUGGUCGGAGGCGGAGGCGGAAGCUGCGGCAGAGGCGGAGGCCAGGGCCCAGCAGCAGCAGCAGCAGCAGCAGCAGCAGCAGCAGCAGCAGCAGCACGGGCCGAAAGCGCCGCCGUUGCACAAGUGGGCCGCCGCCGCGGCGGAAGGCGGCCACCUCCAGCUGUUGCAACAGCUGAUGGCGAGGCUGGGCCGCGUUCAUGGUGCGGACAUGGACAUCCUGGCCUCCGUGGCGUACGGCUGCCCGCGGCGGGUGCUGCAGCAGCACUGCCACCCGCUGCAGUUCGACCACCUCGAGCCCCAGGAGCGCGCACGGCGGCACGAGGUACUCCUGGCGGCGGCUGCAAGCCCCACGCCCGACUGGGCCGAAAAGUGCGACUGGUUGUGGCCUCGGUUGUCCCCGCUGCCCGUGGGCGCAGCAGGUCGGCUCCUCGUGAAGAGCCGUAAUGGAUUUUGGCUCAGGUCAGGGGAUGCCAGGGUUCGGGCGGAUCUCCUGCCGCGGCUGCAGUACCUGCAGGCACGAGGCGUGGAGCCACCGAUGGAGGCCUUGGAGGCCGCCGCCGCAGCCGGUGUCGUGGACGCGGUGGAGUUUUGCAUCGAGCACCCGCCGUUGAUGCCCCCGUGGCCGGGCGUGCAGGGCCAGCCGGGUGGGCGGCAGCAGCAGCAGGUGAAGGCAGCCGCGCGGUCGGGGCGCGACAGGGCAGAUGGCGGGGCUGUGGGUGGCCACGAGGCGGCGGAGCUGCUGGGUCUUCGGCGGCAAAGGGCGCUCGAGUGCAUCGCAGUCGCCGCUGUGUACCACGGCCACAUGCACCUGCUGCGGCUGCUGCGGGAGCGGCGCUACCGGCUGCAACCCGACCAACUGCAGCGCGCCGCAUUCUGGCCGGUACGGGCGGCGUUCCGCUGCCUACUAUCUGGAGCGGCGGGGCAGGUGCUCGACAUGGUGGUGGGUGAGAUCGAUUGGCACCAUGUCUUUGUGCAAGCGGCGCGGGCCGGCGCCGACGUGGACCAGCUCCGCUGCCUGCACGAGCAGCGCGGUGCGGCUAUCGACCUGGCGGCGGUGGCGGCGGGCGGCAGCGAGGAGGCGCUGGCGUGGGCGGCGGCGGCGCUGCGGGCGGGGGACGGGCCUCAGCAGCGCCUCAACUUUCAUCACUUGAGUGACCUGCUUUCCGACGGCGACUGGCGCACCGCCGCUUGGCUCAUUGGGGCCGGCCUGACGGCGGUGCCACCCGGCCAGAUUCAACACCUGUUCUACUUUAUUGCGGACAGGCCGGGUGCACAGAACCGGUGCCACAUGUUUGCUGGCGUGAAGCGCCUGUUUGACGCACUGGGCGGAAUGCGGUGGACGGCCGCGCGCCAUCGUGUGCUGCUGCAGUGGGCUGAGACUAUCCAGAACGAGGCGCGGCGGCUGCCGCCGGGUCAGGCGCGAUGGCUGGACAUGAUGGUGGCGGAGGCCAAGGCGGCGGUGGUGUAGCGCAGGUGGUGUAGCGCAAGUGGCGGCGGUGUAGCGUCGCGUUGCGUUGCAAGGUGCUAGCGGGAGCAGUUGCGCCGUUGCGGGGUGGUUGGGACUUGGGAGCGCGUGUGGGCCACCCAAACUGGCAAACUGGUCUGGCCAUAUGUUGUAAUGUUGCACAUUUGCUUGCAGGCGGUAUUGACUACAUAGGUCAUGGCUUUGCGGCGCAAUGUGAGGCGCGAACGCGAGCCUUUGCAUGCAUGCAGUCGCGUUCGCGUUUCGACAGCACUCCGCAUGCAUAACGAGUCACAUACGUGUGUAGACCAAGGUGUAGACCGUCGGCUGUAGUACUUAAGGUCUUGUUACACGAGGCCCAGGAAGCGGACAUUAUUGCUAUCCCCUCACUCCCAAGCCAUCGAGCUCGGCCGAGCCGUGAGCUUGUCUGUGUGUGCACCGAGCAGUAUACGGCAGUACGUUGGACACCCACCAGUAGAGUGCCUCUGUGAGAGCGCUUGCAUUCCACGUGAAAAGGCAAAGUACU